AUGACGGACCCCCACACCCGUCAAUACUCCCACCUCGGUGGCACCACCACUGAGCUCCUCGAACGCUUUGCUGUUUCUGAACUCUGCAAAGGCUGGCCGGUCUACCGCGAUGCCAGCGAAUGGGCCAACUACCGCUCCCUCUUCGCCGACGACGCCAUCGUGUGGACAACUUGGAGUGGACCUCAGCCCAUCGAAGACUUCAUCCGCAUCUCCAUCAGUGGGAAAGAAGUCGGUGCCUUCAUCAUGCAUCGCGAAUGCGGUACCCUUGUCGAACUCAAUACUGAAAAGAAACGCGCUGUCGGCAAGAUGAAGGCUACGAUCACGCAGCGGUUCCAACACCCCGACGGCUUCGAAUACGAUGUCGACUGUGACUGUCGCUUCAUGUUCUUCUACGAAAAGACCACAGAUUGGAAGGCCGUCUUCGUCAAGUUGGUCUACGAGAAGGACAAGUUGGUGCCUGUCGAUGGGAGGGUACCAUCCUUUGCCCCUGAGGUUUUGGCCAAGUACCCCCAGGGCUACAGGUAUCUUGGCGCGGCGCAGAGCACGCUGGGCUAUGACAUCGACUCAGACCUAGUGACGGGCAACAAUACUGCGGGCAUGUACCAAUCGAUUAAGAGAUGGUUGGAAGAGCCGGCGAUGUCUCGUUCUUUUCGACCAGAGUGA